CAGGUAUGCAGGGUGGUGAGGAGGGACGUUAAGGUAAAGUACUGCCAAGGUCGUCCAUAAAAUUCAACAAAAUAUUCAAGGUGGAAUUUAAAUCUUUGGAUUCAGGAUGAUGCAUUACUUGUUGUCGAAAUGGAGCGAAGCGAACACCGGCGAAGAAGGCGAAGACGAAGGAAAAAAGCUGCACUUUGUGAGUCCUGCCAGACGGAAAUCGGUGCUGGCCCCAAUCCUAAAUAAGAUCAAAAAUGGCACGGAUGCGGCGGACAGUGCCGAGAAGAAACUGGGAAGCGAGAGCAGCGGCAGUGGACACAUUGCGGUGCAAAUUGAGCCGGCACGGCGGGUCAAGCGUCACAGUAUCCACGGCAUGAUGGAGGAGGAGAACACCAUUCGGCCGCAUCAGGAGAUCCGACAGCUAACCCUGGAGGAGAAGAAGUUCCUGCUGGCGGUGGAGAGGGGCGACAUGGCCGGCACCCGAAGGAUGCUGCAGAAGGCCCAGGACACGGACUACAUAAACGUGAACUGCGUGGAUCCUUUGGGACGCACCGCCCUCCUAAUGGCCAUCGACAAUGAGAACCUGGAGAUGGUCGAGCUCCUGAUCAACUAUAAUGUGGACACCAAGGACGCACUCCUGCACUCCAUUUCCGAGGAAUUUGUCGAGGCUGUGGAGGUGCUCCUGGACCAUGAAAAUGUUACCUUCCAUAGCGAAGGCAAUCAUAGCUGGGAGUCCGCUUCGGAGGACACGUCGACCUUUACGCCGGACAUUACGCCCCUGAUCCUGGCGGCUCACCGGGAUAACUAUGAAAUCAUCAAGAUCCUGCUGGAUCGAGGGGCAGUCCUUCCGAUGCCGCAUGAUGUGCGCUGCGGUUGUGACGAGUGCGUCCAGUCCAGGCAGGAGGACUCCCUUCGGCACUCCAGGUCCCGGAUUAACGCCUAUAGGGCUCUGGCUAGUCCCAGUUUGAUAGCACUCUCCUCCAAGGACCCCAUUCUGACGGCCUUUGAGUUAUCCUGGGAACUGCGACGACUCAGCUUUCUCGAGCACGAAUUUAAGAACGAGUAUCAGGAGCUGCGCAAGCAGUGCCAGGACUUUGCCACCGCCCUGCUGGACCACACUCGCACCUCCCACGAGCUGGAGAUCCUGCUCAACCAUGAUCCCACCGGUCCGGUGUACGAGCACGGCGAAAGGAUGCAUUUAAACCGCUUAAAGUUGGCCAUCAAGUUGCGCCAGAAGAAGUUCGUGGCCCAUUCCAAUGUUCAACAAUUGCUGGCAAGCAUUUGGUAUGAGGGAUUGCCCGGUUUCCGAAGAAAGAACAUGGCCCUCCAGGCAGUGGACAUUAUUAGGAUUGGCAUCAUGUUUCCCAUCUUCUCACUGGCCUACAUCCUGGCGCCCUAUUCCAGCAUUGGACAGACCAUGCGAAAGCCCUUCAUUAAGUUCAUUUGUCACAGUGCCUCUUACUUUACUUUCUUGUUUCUAUUGAUGCUGGCCUCUCAAAGAAUUGAGACAUUUAUUGGCGGCUGGUUUUUUGCCGACACUUCGGGGCUGCUCAACAAAGUGGAGGAGGUGGAGGUGCCCACCAAACGCGGCGCCAAGCCCACCUUCAUCGAGUGGCUGAUCCUGGCCUGGGUCAGUGGACUCAUCUGGAGCGAGGUGAAGCAGCUGUGGGACGUGGGCCUCCAGGAGUAUCUGAAUGACAUGUGGAAUGUGAUCGACUUUGUCACAAACUCCCUUUACGUGGCCACGGUGGCUCUCAGGGUGGUGUCCUUUUUUCAGGUUCAGAAGGAAAUGAUCUUUAACUCACAUGCCACGGAUCUGCCGCGAGAGAGAUGGGAUGCCUGGGAUCCGAUGCUGAUCUCCGAGGGCCUGUUCAGUGCGGCGAACAUCUUCAGUAGCCUGAAGCUGGUUUACAUAUUCUCGGUUAACCCGCAUUUGGGGCCACUGCAGGUGUCGCUGUCCCGGAUGGUAAUGGACAUUAUGAAGUUCUUUUUCCUCUAUGUCCUGGUGCUAUUUGCCUUUGGAAGUGGUCUAAAUCAGUUGCUAUGGUACUAUGCGGAUCUGGAAAAGAAGCGAUGUCCCGAGGUUUCACCCAUGAGUGCUUUACUUAAUAUGAAUGGCACUAAUGAUCCCAAUGCUUGUAUUGUUUGGCGGAGAUUUUCCAAUCUUUUUGAAACCACACAGACCCUGUUUUGGGCAGUCUUUGGCCUGAUUGAUUUGGACAGUUUUGAGUUGGAUGGCAUUAAGAUCUUCACUCGUUUCUGGGGAAUGCUGAUGUUUGGUACUUACUCGGUGAUCAACAUUGUGGUCCUGCUCAACUUGCUCAUAGCUAUGAUGAAUCAUUCCUAUCAACUUAUAUCGGAACGAGCCGAUGUAGAGUGGAAGUUUGCUCGCUCCAAGCUCUGGAUUAGUUACUUUGAAGAGGGUGGCACCUGUCCACCACCCUUCAAUAUCAUCCCCACCCCCAAGUCCAUUUGGUAUGCCGGCAAGUGGAUGCGUCGUGUAUUUUGUAGUGGAUCCUCAGCCGCUCGACGAGAGCAUUUGAAAACUAUAAGACGAAAAGCUCAGCAGGCAAGUGAUCGGGACUUUAAAUAUCAGCAAAUAAUGCGAAAUCUGGUGAGGAGAUAUGUAACCGUGGAGCAGCGCAAAGCUGAGUCCCAGGGAGUCACUGAGGACGAUGUCAACGAGAUCAAACAGGACAUCUCGGCUUUCCGUUGCGAGCUGGUGGAAAUUCUGAAAAAUAGUGGAAUGGACACAAAUGUCACGGCUGGUCAAGGUGGUGGAGGUGGAGGUAAAAAGAAUCGCCAAAAGGAGCGUCGCUUGAUGAAAGGCUUCAAUAUAGCCCCGCCAGGCUCGACAGGAUCCUUGGCUCCUGUGGCAGAAUUUUCCACGUCCCUCGACAACUAUGAUAAUCAGCACGAGAUUUUGAGCUCCACAUUGUCUACUUUAUUUACACCGAACUUUAUGCACAAACGACAGCAAAGUCAGGCUGGCAGUGGAGGCGGAGGAUCCGGAGACUCACCCACCUCGCCCACUCAGGGAGUUCAGGGAGCGGCCUUGGGGGUCACUGGACAGGUCACCACCAAGUACAACAAGUCCACUUUAAAGCCUUACAACAAACGCAUAGCAGGACACAAAAAGAGAUGGGGCACCCUAAUAGAAGCCGCCAAGGUGGGAAAUGUGAGCAAAAUGUUGGGUCGCUCAAAGUCCGAGGACUCCGUUUGCAAUUCCUCUCAUGCAUCCACUCCGGUUCAUGGGCAAACGAGGGUCUCCUAUGCCCAAAAUUCCACCCAGCAGGGAUACGGAUACCAUGGAGAGUCAAACAGUUCCACAACUCCUUCGGUGGCCAGCAGUUCACCAGCUACAGGCUCCACAGGAUCUGCUGGACAUGUGAGCGUGGGAACACACUUCUUUCACACAACAAGCGGACUCACUGCCAUUGCCGCUCUAAAACGGAAACGCAAAAAGUUCUCUUCAAGCAAAAAUAUUUGUCCAGUUACGGAAUCUGUGGCAGCUGCCAAUGCUGCUGAAAUACUAAGUGAUAAGACCCUGAAACGAGUUUCCAGCUAUCCGGCAGCCGAAGCCGGAGUACAAAACAAGGAUCCGGCUCAGUUGGUGAAGCCGAGGCGGCACGAACAGACCCAAAGCCAGCACGAUUCGGUGGAGACAUCAACCUUUACGCUGUCCAUUGAUCCAUCCAAUACUUCUGUGAACUCUCGGGAACCAUUGAUCAGCAAUAGUUGUGUAUCGAACACGGGGGCCAUUGGGUAAGGAUAUUCCAGAGCAAAUACCAAAAAGAAAGGCAGCUAAUUUUUGGAAUAGCGCAACCAAAAGCAUAUUAUACAAAUACGAUACUAUACAGACACAAGUUGUUGGCAUUUUUGAUAUGAAGACACAAUAACCAGAGAUAGCUAACCAAAAACUAACCAACACAGCCUAGAUCUUAAAGUACCUCACCUCGAUUAGAAAUAAAUAUCAGAAAAUCAAAAAGCACCAAACACACGAUAUCUGAAGACACAAAUACUUUGCACCACAGACCUCAAGCCUUAAUCUUGUUUGAUUAUUCUACAAAUUUAGUUUCUAAAAAAUCCAUUUCCAAAUGAUACAUCACCUGAACCUCCUGAGCACACACAUAUCAUGCAGAUGCUUUAUAGAGGAACCCUUUACACCUAAAAAUUAAAAAUAUUACAAAUAAAACAAAAAGAAAACUAAACUAUCCCAUAUCGAUGUUGAACGUUGCCUUAGCAUGAAAAAUAUUUUUUAUAUACAUAAGUUUUGGAUGAACAUUGCAUUACUGAAACGUACUGUACUCGUAAUGAAGGAAGCGCUGUGUAUUUGUUGAUUUGAGAGUAUGGAUUUGAAAAAUAAGCAAGCAUUAUGCUAGACAGCAAAGAAAGCAAAGCAAAACGACACAAAGCAAAGCAAACCGCAAAGCUAAGGAGUAAACGAAUAAGAUACCACAAUUUUAUACACCGAUUUUAACCGAAAUAUAUAAAUUAAAAUAAUCAAAAUGGCAUACUAUUAAUGUGUUUGCAUUUUAAGGAUGUGCACAUCCUUACUCUGCAACCACACAGAUUUUAGCAGAGCAAGUAUAUAAUAUAUUUAAAUAUUAUAUAUAAUACAAAUAUGAAUACUCGACAAUUUUUAGAUGAUUUUUUGCGUUGAAGUAGACAAAAAAUAAUGUACCCACACUCAGUAUAAAUAAACUAAAAACACACAAACUAUAAACGGAAUAUCAACGAAAACAAUAACAAGGAAUACUUUUAUAUAAACGGAAUAUUUGUGUAAAGCAGAAUUAUGUAGCACAUCUGCUGUUUAAUAAAAUAAUAAUAUUAUACUAGGUAAUUUAAAAAGAAACCCAAAACAAAUUAAGGAAGCUAUAGAAAUACCAAUACAUGUUAGAGUAUAAAAAUAAAAUUGUUAUUUGCACAAAACAUAAUAAAGGAUAUGGAAAUGGC